GUUCACUUCCGCUCUAAACAAAACAGAACCGCCCACUCCAUAUUACGCUCCCGUCAGUCCGUGUGCAUGAUUCUGUAAUAAGUGUGAUUAAAAUGAGCAAAUGUCAUUGCUGUCAGAAGACAGACAGUUCCUGGCAGAAGACCUAACAACUAAAUCCUGCAGCACGAAUUAACCCAAAUGAAUAGCAUGCUGAGACGACUGAGGUCACAUCUCGACACAGCGGUGGACAAAGUGUGGUCGACAGAAAGCAAAGAUGAUGGAGAGAAACCCUUAAAGUUUGAUUACAGUCGACCGGAGUUCCUAAAACUGAAUGCAGAGAAAAUGAAGGUGUCCCAGGAUUUCAUGACACGCCCCAUCGUAACAUCCAAUGAACCAAUGACUCUGCCCUUCAACGCAGGAUACGCAGAGUGUAUAAACGGGGGUAAGAGUAAUGUAAACGAGGACCAAGCUACAGCGAAGCAGUACUUCAUAGACCUGGACAAACACGAACUCACCGAAUCCAGUGAGGAGGUUCCAAAUACUAUGCAGAUGUCAGAGAUUGCAUCUGGGAAAAUAUCUAACAAGCUGACCUUGACCUACUUUGGAAUGUUUGAUGGCCAUGCGGGUCCUGAUGCUGCCUUGAUGACAUCGAAACUUCUCCACAAACAUAUCAUGGAUCGCCUGCAGACUAAGAUCGAGGUCCUGAAAGCCAAAAUUCUGUCCACUGACACAGAGAACAACAAGGACAAUAACUGCCAUGACCUGGAUAAAUUUGGUAACCUGGACGCUGUGUCUCUAGACAGCCUCAUCGUCGGUGCUUUAGAGGAGUCAUUUUUAGCCAUGGAUGAGCAGAUCAAGCGAGAGAAGACAACAUACUCAAUAAGAGGAGGCUGUGCUGUGAUUGUUGCCAUUUUUAUUAUGGGGAAACUCUUUGUGGCUAACGCUGGCGACUGCAGGGCAGUCUUAUAUAACAAGGGCCGAGCCAUCAGACUAUCAAGGGACAUGACUCCGUACUCCGAACGGCAGAGAAUCCUCGCUCUCGGUAUGGCUAAGCCAGAUCUGUUACAUGAAGAGUUCACGUGUUACGAAUACUUAAAGAGAAUCACCAGAAGUGACAUGGGAAAGCCGAUUUUAUACAGAGGACCCACAAUGGCUGGUUGGGGCUACAAAAUUGCUGACCAAGAUGAUCUGAAAGUGCCGCUCAUCACAAGCACAGGAAAUAAGUCCAGACUGAUGCAGACUAUUGGUGUGGCGCGAGGUUUCGGGGACCAUGACCUGAGGUUGUACGAUUCCAAUAUCUACAUGAAGCCAUUCUUGUCGGCUGUUCCGGAGGUGUGUGUUUACGAUGUGAAGGCAGCUGAUUUAGAUGAUGAUGACGUCUUGGUGAUAGGAAGUGAUGGAUUGUGGGACUUACUGAAGGUUGAGGAGGUUCGGAAAUCCGUGAAUGAUGUACUACAAUUGUACAAUAUCAACAACCAAAAAAGGUACUUAUCAGUAGCUCAUGAACUCGUGACGUUAGCCCGGGGAUCUCAUACUGGAAACAACUGGAAAAAGAAGAAUGGAGACCCUGGGUCAUUUGAUGACAUCUCUGUGUUUGUUGUACCUUUGAAACACUGACAUCUACAACAAAAAGAGAAAAUCUAGAACCUGUAUUUCACAGCAUGAAGUCGACGUGACACAAAACAACAUCAUGGGAGCUUUAAACUCCGAACUCCAGAAGCUGAUUAAUUUAGUGGUUUUGUUAAUUAACAAGUUUUUUUGUUCCCUGAGAAAUCCAAAUGUUACAUUAAUUUUAUGUUAAUAUACAUCAUACACCUGUUCCAAAUUUUCUGAUUGAAAUAUUUGCAGUCUGUCCGUCCAUCUGCCCGUCCAUGAGUACGGAAUUUUGUGCAUGAUUUGUUCUCAUUGUGAACUUCUACCGAACAGUAACAUGAAACGACGCAAGAUAUGAUACAAUUGAUACUCUGGGUGCUUCUGAAGAAAUGCAUAAUUUACUUUUUUUAAGUAAUCAGAAUUAUAGCUUCCCAGUCUGCUCUAAAUUCUCCUUUGAUAGUGGUCCUGUGGAACACAUGUUAUAUUUUAAAGUUAUCAGAUAUCCUCAUCUUCAUUUGAUUCUGGACGAAUGAGACGUUUCAAAACUCAAAACUUGGCAUAACUGACGUCACUUUUAGUCACACAGGUGCAAUUUUAUGUAAGUGUCAAAGAUAUUGAAUUGUUUUCUUCCAAUAUUUUGUCAUGCCAGUGUCACAAAAUUUGUCACAGAUGACAUACAAAAGAUGUAUUAAAAAAAACUAGAGUUGUAGAGAUAUAAUUUAAUGGCAAUAGUUUCAAAAUACCAUCUGUCUUUUUGCAACGUUUUUUUCCACAUGGUGUAGCAUAAUGAAUUAAUUAGUCCGAUACAUCCUAAUACUCAUAUAAGUCAAAGUAAAAAAUUACCAACACCAUUGUUUUCUUUCCAACCACGUGUAAAGAAGGUACACACAUUACUAACUGAAGAGGUCCAAGAGAUAAUUAGUCAAGUAUGAACUUUAAAUUUCUGCCUAUUCCUUUCAUUUGGGAUGAAAUCAAAAUACACUGUAGUUUAUAUGGUAUAAUUUAUUAUAUACACAUGACGUCGAUGUAAACAAAAAUGGCGGCUCGAUCGGAACUAAGCGAAAAUCUUUUUGCAGUUUCCAACUACAUUGCCCAAGACAGUGACAACUAAAUUGGCAGACUUAUGUUAAAUACAUAUAAGUUGUCAAUCAACAAACUCGUGUGAUCUCAAUACUAAUGUAUGCUGAUGGAGAAUUAUUAUAUACGUUGUAUUGCCAUCAUAGGUACGUUUAUUACUAUGUUAGUUUGGAAACAAAUGAAAACUUAUUAGUAUGUACCUUGUAAUUUAUAAAGAAAGAGGCAGGCGAAUCAUUUUACCAUUCAGGUGAGCAUUAUGGCCCGUGGUCCAUGUUUUGAUACAUGAUAUAAUUAUACAUGUAAACAUUCCACUCAUUGUUACUUCGCGAAAGGUCUCAUAUUAUUGAUUAGAUGUUUUUAAUAACUGGGACACACCAUUCCAUCUUUAUGCUUGAGUGCUUGCCUUUAAAACUCUCUAUUGACAGUUAAUUCAUCAAGGGUGUGAAAUGAAGGAUGAUUGAUGAAAGUCAUGUUACAGCACAGUAAUGACUAAUCAACAACAGAGCCGUCUGCUGCUGGUAACUGUGUCCAGUCGAAAAAUAGAAAACUGCAGGCUAGGGGAAGAGGUCUGUUCAUUCCAGGGACCAGGGGAAAAGUUGACUUCAUGGGCUAGGGGAAGGGGCCUGUUGACUUUAAGGGACAGGGGGAAGAGGCCUGUUGACUUUAAGGGAUUGUAUAGGGGAAGAGGCCUGUUGAUUUCAGUGAGUAGGGAAGAGGCCUGUUGAUUUCAGUGAGUAGGGAAGAGGCCUGUUGAUUUCAGUGAGUAGGGAAGAGGCCUGUUGAUUUCAGUGAGUAGGGAAGAGGCCUGUUGAUUUCAGUGAGUAGGGAAGAGGUCGGUUGAUUUCAGUGAGUAGGGAAGAGGCCUGUUGAUUUCAGUGAGUAGGGAAGAGGCCUGUUGAUUUCAGUGAGUAGGGAAGAGGCCUGUUGAUUUCAGUGAGUAGGGAAGAGGCCUGUUGAUUUCAGUGAGUAGGGAAGAGGCCUGUUGAUUUCAGUGAGUAGGGAAGAGGUCGGUUGAUUUCAGUGAGUAGGGAAGAGGCCUGUUGAUUUCAGUGAGUAGGGAAGAGGUCGUUUGAUUUCAGGAGGGAUUGAGAGAAGAGGAAGAAUUUAAGCCAAAUGAUUUUAGGGUAAAAGAUGAAGGUUUAGUGUAGUGAUGUGUUUUAUAAAUAUAUAUAUUGAGCACUAGACCUAAGAUUUGUUUACUCCCUGCUUGUGACACUUCUGACAUAACUGUGGAUUUGUAGGGAGGAAGAUUGAUUCUGAUGUGGACCCAAAAAAUAUAAAAUAGUGACAGGUGAUGAUGCAGGGUACGCUUUAUUUUAAGUUAAUCCCAAAACCCACCCCACACACACAAAAUUAAUUCCAAAAAAGAUUUUUUGUACUCCUAAAUAUUGUUUUUGGGGGUUUAUUUGAUUUAAUGUCGAGAAAAAUAGAAACAAAGUUUGUUGAGUUGGGGCAUUUCUUUCAGGAUCAAGACCAAAAAUUAUUUAGGCUUUAUGAUGUGCAUGUAUAUAAAACAAACUGUUUCAGAUUGUGAUAAGGUGCUAGACCAUCCAGUUAGAUGUUGCACCUGGCAAUGCUCAUGUUUUAAUGUCAAUUCCCUUUUGCCAUAAUCAUUUGCCAAAACAUAUAUUCAUCCUGUAUAACAAGCACGGAACUGACAGUUCUUUAUAAGAGGUCAUGAUGAUAUACGUAUGUAUUACAUUAUGUUCUAAUAUUAUUUCAUUUUUUUUAUGCCCCCGAGAUCAAAGAUAGGGAAACAUUGAUUGUUUUUACUGUCUCGCUUUGUCUUUUGGGGCCAGUUAGUUAUGGUUAUCCUCGCUUGAGAAUUGCAGUGUAAACACCAUGCCUGUUAAUUUGGUUUAUGUAAAUCCAGAUUUACGGUACCCUGUAUGAUUGAAUUGGCCCUGUGUCAUUGUCCAUCAGCAACUUUAAUUAACCUUAGUUGAAUUUUUUUUUACUAGCUAUACUGCACAUAGAGAUUUCAUACUCUGUAAAGUUCACAGUCUGACCUUUGAUUGCUAUGUGACUGACAAAGAUCAAGGUCAUUCUAUGAUGUCGUAUUUAUCACAACAUAAGUUAUCCUCGGGGGCAUUAUGUUUAGACAUGAACAUCUUCAAAGUUGUUAAGAUAUUGUUCACAUUCCUUUCCCCAAUAUUGCUUGUUUUAAUGAUUUUUGUAUAUAACUUCACAGAGCAAAGUUUGGAAGAAAAUCUUUCUGUAUGUAUAUAUAUAAAUGUUCUCAGUAUUCAAGAUAAAUCAAUUCAAAUACGAUAUAUGUGUAGAACUGAAAACAAAUGAUUUUCAUUUGAAGCUGAUGAUUGAUUAUGCAAUUUUGUACAUGAUACAAUAUAUAUACUCUGAAGUUUGAAAUGUUGAAUGUAUUUAUAUGUGCAACCUUAGUCAUGCAGAGAUGGUUAUAUUUCAUGAUUUGGACUAGUGCUAUUUAUUUUACUGUAGCUAUUACAAUAUUUUGUACUUGUCAGUUUGUACAAUAUUGUACAUUUUUAUUUAAUCUGCUGAUACUCAUCAUUUCUAUUUGAUUAAAAAAUUUCAUAAUCCCAGUAAA